AGUUCAAUUUAGCAAACUAUCCUUACCAAUAAAAGGAGAAAACCCAAGCAAACUAUGGCAUUAUCACAAGAAGAGUUCUCGGUGAGCUCUGAAUCUGUGAUGAGUAUUCAAGAGCUGAUGAAACAUCCCAACUUCACAAUCCCAAAAAGCUACAUCGUUGAACCUCCUGCAGUCUCACAAUGUUAUCUCUCAUUGCCAAGCAUUGACAUGAAUCGAUUUGCUUUUGUGGUGGAAUUCCAUCUCCAACUACAGGAGUUGGAUUCUGUUUGCAAACAAUGGGGCAUCUUUCAGUUGGUGAACCAUGGAGUAAGCUCUGAACAACUGGAGAAGAUGAGAUAUGAACUUGAAGCAUUUAAUAAGCUUCCCUUGGAGGAGAAAAUGAAAAGGAAGCCAUAUCUCUUCCCACAGCUUCCUUCAUCCCUGAGGGAAACUUUGGAAGUUUACUCGCUGGAAAUGCAAAAACUGAGCAUGAGACUUCUGGGCCUCAUGGCAAAAGCUCUAAAAAUCGAUGAAAAAGAGUUGGAGACGUUUGGAGAUGGUGUUCAAGCGAUUGGGAUGUUGUAUUAUCCUCCAUGUCCAAAGCCGGAGCUGGUGAUUGGGAUUACUCAUUCAGAUGCCUGCGGCAUCACCAUCCUCAACCAGAUUAAUGGAGUUGAUGGUCUUCAGAUAAAAAAGGAUGGAAUCUGGUUUCCUGUUACUUUCCUCCCAAGUGCCCUUGUUGUCAAUAUAGGGGACAUUCUCCAGAUUUUGAGCAACGGGGUGUAUCAUAGCGUUGAGCACAGGGCAGCCAUCAAUUCAGAGAAAGAAAGGAUGUCAAUACGUUUUUUCAUGCUGCCUAAAUUUGAGGCAGAGAUAGCACCUUCACCAAGUCUUUUAAAUCCACAAAACCCACCAUUAUAUAGAAGGGAAGGAAUGGAGCAGUAUUCUACUGGUUUUAUAGCCGGCAAGCUUAACGGAAAAACAAUGCUAGAGCACUUGAGGAUUGAACAUAUGGAGAAGCCUAUAGAGGAUUGAACAUAUGGAGAAGCCUAUAGAGGAUUGAACAUGACAGGAACUGCUACUGUAAAAAUGGUCAGAAAAAUAAACUUCUAUGAAUAAUAGUCAUGUAUGUCA